AUGGAAGAAAAGUGGUUAGCUAACCUUAGUAAAUUAGCAAAAAAUGAAGAAACUGCAGAGCAUGAAUAUCAUACAUUGCUAAAUAAAGAUGUGAGGAAAGAGAAGAUGAUCUACUCCAGCUACCUGUUAGAAUCACAGAAAUCCAAGCACCAAAUCAACAGAGAGGAAGAGGCAACGAUAACCAAAAGGCAAAAAGAUUUAACAAAUGUAUCACUUGAAGAUGAUGACAAAAGUAAUACUACCAACGUUGCAUAUUCUGGAAAAAGUAUGGAUGAUCUUCUUCCUGGCGACCAAGUACAGGACUCGUCUUCUGUAUUGGUCAAAAAAGAUCUAGUCAAACUUGCUGAGUUUCAGGCAGGUGCCUUGGAUGAAUUAACCAAGAAAUUUGGAAAUAGAAUCGGGAUAAUUUCUUUUGGUAUAUGGAUAUGUGGUGAGCAUAUUCGCGUCUACGAGAUGGACCUUAAUUAUGACGGAAUAUACAGGAUGAUCUUGAUUGCAGAUGUAUGUGUCCCAAUUGAACGGGAAAAAAUUGUAGGCUUGCUACCAGUUUUGGAAGCGUUUUAUAAUGUUAAAGUAAGUGGUUAA